AAGAAUAAGACUCCAGCAUUAGUUAGAAAAAUCCAAAAAUUGAGUUUGUAUUAGUAUUUUUAUGCAUUUGUCAACACAGUAAUAAAUAAAGAUUCUGUUUACUUGGUAUAAACAUCUUAAAUAUAUUCUUAAGCAGAGAAGUUGACAACUUAUUUGAACAGUCGCCAGUAAACGUGGCCUAACCCCCUUUCCAUCGCCCCCUUAAAGACACGUGACUUUAUAAAGGACCGCCUAUGAGUGUUUCAACAAGGUCCUAUAGAUGAUUGUAAAAGUCGCUUGGGCGUGCAUGUUGCCGUAUUACAACACUGCUUCCAGAAGUAAUCAUGUCUGGCAGAGGUAAAGGUGGUAAAGGGCUUGGAAAAGGAGGCGCUAAGCGUCACCGUAAAGUUCUGCGUGAUAACAUCCAGGGCAUCACCAAACCCGCUAUCCGUCGUCUCGCUCGCCGUGGUGGAGUCAAACGUAUCUCUGGUCUGAUCUACGAGGAAACUCGUGGUGUUCUCAAGGUGUUCCUGGAGAAUGUGAUCCGUGAUGCUGUUACGUACACUGAGCAUGCUAAGAGAAAGACCGUGACAGCCAUGGAUGUUGUCUACGCGCUGAAGAGACAGGGACGUACUCUGUACGGUUUCGGAGGUUAAAUUUCUGUCUGUCCAUCAUAAAACCAAAGGCUCUUCUAAGAGCCACCCACAUACUUACAAGAAG